UUAACAGACUGGAGAAUGGAGCUGCACUGUUAGCUCACCGCUAGCUAUCUGGAUUGGCUAGCAGUUAGCUAACUAAAGUUUUUUUCUGUGUACCGUUAGCCUGAAGAUGAACCUUGCUCACUAAUAUCAAAUCUCCUUGUAAGCCCUGCUGCCUUUGUGAGCUAGCUAAAAGUAAGAUAUCUGACUUUUGCUGGGACACCCUUGGAGACCUUAGCUAGCUAACUAAGCUACAUAUCUGGAACCCACUCCCUCAGAUGUCCGUUAUGGAAAAACUGGACGCAGUAUCAGCGGCUACCUUACAAGCUGCAAACAUCAGUGAAGCCUUGUUACCAACCCUGUCCCGUGAAGACAUACGUGAUCUUUUUCCUGGACCUGAACAUUUUCUUAGGAGAAAAGCCAUAUGGAACCUGUUUCACACAGAUCAAGAGCAGGGGCAGCAGGCAGCAUCCCCCAAUCAAGAGAAUGGUUCGAAUGGCAGAGGGCUGGCCACUGUACAAGUCAACCCUUGUGUUUCAGAAACUCCUCGGUCUCCUGAUGUGCAAGAGACUCCGAGAACCUGGCAGCUACCCAACCCUGAGUAUGUUGUGUAUACUGACAGUGAGCUGGAACAUAUUAGAAAGCAGUAUUUUGAAAUGCAGCUUGUUGGCCAAGAAGGUGGAUGCACUCUUUCAAAAGAACUUCGCUGCCGAUUAGUGAGGAACACGGUGACCAACAUGGUGUCCAUCAUCAGAGCAACUACUACUGAAUUUAUGUAUCCAUCCAAAAAUUAUUUCCAGGCUAUGGCAAAGCGGCUUGUGGAGUAUUAUCCAAUGCUUCGUGAUAACUCUGUGAACUGCAGACACCCUUGGGAAUUGCUUUUUAAGCAAUUACUGAAAAGACUCCACAACAUAAAGACACCAAAAAAGCGUCAGGGACCUACACCACAAAGACAGAGGAAACGAAGACGACUGAAUUUGGAGUGUUCAGAUGAUUCAAGCACAUCAGUCUCCGAGUCACCAGGAAGCACGGCAUCAACUGUACUCUUAGACAGAACAAGAAGCAGCGCAUCAUCUUUGGAUGGCAUGAAUUCACCUGCUGAAAUUGUUGACCAGAGAGGAGAAGCUACUGAAGAUCUAGGAGUCCAUUCUGGCACUGAAAGUCAGCAAAGUCAAGCAAGACAUUACCAUACCCUGCAAGAGAUGUAUAAAAGGCCGAAACCUAACAAGGAGGCAGUUGCUCAGCUGCUUGACCUUGAGUUUGAUGCUCGUAGAGCCUUUAUCAACUCUGACACCUUGAGAGACCAGGACAGGCCAGCUAACAUACUACAAGCAUACCCCUGUUUCAGAGAAGUAGAUCAUGUUAUGGACGAACUUCGCCGUAUUCUUGACAGAUCUAACCCUGACUUUAUUUCUGACCUGAAGACCCGCUGGGAGAGCUUUAAUAGCAAAGCUCAGUUCUAUGGGGUAUUUAAAAAGGUUCUGGGAAUUGAAACAGAUCCAGAAUGGUGUUGUGCUACUCCAGAACAUAUUGGAGGUCCUCUAGCUAGACCUGAGCUUGAUGUUUAA